AUGGCCUUGAUUCGCGCUUUCGCCACGGUGGGGGGCUACACGGCGGCCAGCCGGGUGCUGGGCUUCCUGCGCGACGUGCUGAUCGCCGGGACGCUCGGCGCCGGCCCGCUGGCCGACGCCUUCUUCGGCGCCUUCAACGCCGCCUUCGUGCCGCUGUUCGCCGGGCGGCUGGAGGUGGAGGGGCCGGCGCGCGCCCGCGCCUUCGCCGAGGAGGCGCUGGCCUUCCUGCUGUUCUGGCUGCUGCUGCUGACGGCGGCGGCCAUGGCCGCGAUGCCCUGGCUGAUGCCGCUGAUCGCGCCGGGCUUUCUCGACGACCCCGUGCAGUUCGAGCGCGCCGUCGAGCUGACGCGGAUCUGCUUUCCCUACCUGCUGUUCAUGGGGCUGGUGGCGCUGCUGUCCGGCCUGCUGAACUCGCUGCAUCGCUUCGCCGCCGCCGCCGCCGCGCCGAUCGUGCUCAACCUCUGCUUCAUCGCCGCGCUGCUCUUCGUCGUGCCGAACGCGGCGCGGCCGGCCCACGCGCUGGCCUGGACCGUGGCGGUGGCCGGCGUGCUGCAGUUCCUGCUGCUGUUGCUGGCGGCGCGGCGCGCCGGCAUGACGCUGCGGCUGCCGGCGCCGCGCCUGACCCCCGGGGUCAAGCGGCUGGUCAAGCUGAUGGGCCCCGGCCUGCUGUCCUCCGGCGCCAUGCAGAUCAACCUGCUGAUCGGGACCAUGAUCGCCACGCUGCAGGCCGGCGCGGUCUCCUGGCUCUACUACGCCGACCGGGUCUACCAGCUACCGCUCGGGCUGAUCGGCAUCGGCAUCGGCGUGGUGCUGCUGCCCGACCUGGCGCGCAAGCUGCGCGCCGGCGCCGACGCCGCGGCACAGCACGCGCUCAACCGGGCGCUGGAGCUGGGCCUGGUCCUGACCCUGCCGGCGACGGUGGCGCUGGCCGUCGUGCCCGGCCCGAUCGUCACGGUGCUGUUUGAGCGCGGCGCCUUCGCCCUGGCCGACGCCCAGAACACGGCGCUGGCGCUGACCGCCUUCGCCGCCGGCCUGCCCGCCUUCGUGCUGGUCAACGUCGCCGUCAACAUCGCCCUCAGCCUGGCGCUGUUCUUCACCCUCGGCUUCGUCGGCAUCGCCCUGGCGACCUCGGUGGCCGCCUGGGUCAACGCCGGGCUGCUGGCCUGGCGCCUGGGCGCCGACGGCCACCUGGCGCUCGACGCCCGCGCCCGGCGGCGGCUGCCGCGCGCUCUGCUGGCCAGCGUCGCCAUGGGCCUGGCGGUCUGGGCCCUGGCGGCGGCGCUGGCGCCCUGGCU